ACUGCGGACACAGUACAGGAGAUGACCAGAGACUGCGGACACAGUACAGGAGAUGACCAGAGACUGCGGACACAGUACAGGAGAUGACCAGAGACUGCGGACAUAGAACAUGAGAUGACCAGAGACUGAGGACACAGUACAGGAGAUGACCAGAGACUGCGGACAUAGAACAUGAGAUGACCAGAGACUGCAGACAUACAAUGGCGGCGGGAAUACUGGACCGACUGCUCCAUAAGAUGCACAGACAUUUCCCCCCAAGUAGAGAGAGGAGGGGGAGUGAGAUAGAGACAGGAUGGGGGGGAGAGGAUGGGGUCGAGAGAGAGAGGAGGGGCGGGGAAAGAGAGAGUGAGGAG